UGAAUAUGUAUUUUAACAUAUGCAAGUGAAAAAGAAAGUGAGAAGGACAGAGAGAAAGAGAAUGAGAGGAUGUGUGUCUGUUUCGAUAAGUUGAACAAUUUCCCACAUGUGACUUGAAGCGGAUUUGGUUAUAACUUUUUCUUUGGCAACUGACAGAACUCGGACGACAGGCAAAUUAGGUAAAUACUCGACCGCAACGGCAACAGGGAGAAUAUUUUAGAAACAACAAUUUAUUUAGAAUAUGUCUUCAACGAUAUUGAAAUCUUUUUUAUUUCUAAUAUUUCUCGUGGGACCUAUCGAAGCCUUUUUGUUUGAUAAGUUCCGAAACAAUACUGAAUGGUGGGGUUACGUGAAUGUCCGUCCUCAAGCCUAUAUGUUCUACUGGAUGUAUGAACAUGUUGAACCUGAGAACAGACCCCUUAUUCUAUGGUUGCAGGGAGGUCCUGGCGCUUCUUCAGUGGGAUUUGGUAAUUUCAUGGAAAUUGGUCCUUUAGACAUAAAUCUCCAACAUCGCAAAUAUACUUGGCUGACAGAGGCCAGUCUUUUGUUUAUUGAUAAUCCAGUUGGUUCCGGCUUCAGUUACGUCACUUCAGACUCCGCUCUGGCCAAAGAUGUCCAAACCAUUGCCCAUGAUUUGAUCACAACAUUAAAAACUGUUUUGAAAAAGGCUUUGUUUCAGAAAGUUCCAUUGUAUAUCUUUUCUGAGUCUUACGGUGGCAAAAUGGCUUCAGUGUUCAGCUUGCGUCUCUGGCAAGCUAUCCAAAAUGGGCAAUUGAAAUGUAACUUUCGUGGACUGGCCAUGGGAGACUCCUGGAUAGAUCCAUCAAAGAUUGUGUCAAGUUGGGCGCCGUUCCUUUACACUAUGUCUCUUGUAGAUGAGAAUGGUCGUACUUUGGUGAACAGGUAUGCGGAGAAAGUUGUAAGUUUGGUGAAGUCUGGACACUAUGCGGAGGCUACGCGCAUGUGGCGUGCAACCGAGGGUGUUGUUGCAAAUUUAACUGGAGGCGUCAACUGGUACAACAUACUGCAGUGGUCACCACAAGGGAAGAUGGACAGUUACCAAAGCCUGGAAUUUAUCGAUACACCACAACACCUAAGUAUAAAACAUCUUCAUGUGGUUUGGGGAAGUCAAGCUAGGAAAGUGUUUGUAGCACAGGAGGGUGAAUUCAUGAAAGCGGAAACUAAAGUUGUUAAUGAGCUGAUCCGUUCGAGCAACCUAAAAGUCGUAGUUUACAGUGGACAACUGGAUCUUAUUGUAGCAACUCUAGGUACUGAAAAAUGGGUGGCGGAUCUGGACAUUUCCAUGGCCUUUAAAAACACCAAAAGAAGAAUUCUUGUUGAUCCAAUCACACAAACUGUUAUGGGAUAUAAAAGAAGCCUAAAAAAUUUCUCAUUCUACUGGAUAUUAAAUGCAGGUCACAUGAUUCCAUCAGAUAAUCCAACUGGUGCAUUGCAAAUGGUCAAAUUAAUUUUAGCUUGAGCUUAACAGAAAUGCCAACCCUAACAAGUCAUCAAGACAGUCACUUCCAGGACCGGAGUAUUUCGGAAGCGUCUGAAACUGACUUUGUUCUCCAGUGAAAACAUAAUUGCCACAAAUAAAUGCUUCAAAGAUU